AUGACAAAGAAAAUGAUUGAGAGAUGGCGAACGUAUUUCGAAGAAAUGUCGUCUGCCAACACUGAUACAGCCAUCCCACCAGCUGACGCUGUGAAAGGGCCACUGCCACUCAUGGCAGCAGAGGAAGUGCUUGCUAUAACAGAGACAAAGAACGACAAGGCUACCGGUCUAAAUGAAAUCCUGAGCGAUGGAAGGAAUGUGAAUGGCUCGGUGCCUCUUGGCUUGCAGGUCUCUUCAAUCAGGUCAAAGCUAAGAGCAUGCCCUAUGACUGGACAAAGAGCACCACGUUUUCGAUAUAGAAGAGAAGGCGACGUCGUAGACUGUUCAGUCGGGCAAUCCGGCUGGUGA